UAAAUCAUUUCUUUUGGAUACGUGUUUCAGAUUAGUUAUUUAGGAAACUAAUAACUCUCUCCAAAAUGUGGUAUCAGAGAUGGGGGCUUAAAUUAUAGUCGAGAGACACCAAUAAAAGGAACCCGGUGCUCCACCCAUUAGAACUUAGGUCAGGACAUACCUAGGAGGGCAGGGGGCGCUACAUAAAGUGGGGGCUUGUCUGGGAUUUUUCUUUCCCUCCCUGGUACCUUUCAGAAGAGAGAAAUAAACACGUGUCAAUACUCCUUGAUCCCUGAGAAGAAAACAGACAUUUGGUGCAUUUAACAGCUUCUUGUUGAAAAUGUCUCACAGAAGUAACCCUCCUCCUCAAAGUGAACUUGCUGACUGGUGCAGAGAGGCCGGGAUUGACCUUGCUCACUCCUUGAUGCUAACAAGUGUACCCAGAUCAACUGAGAUUGCACGCAUUGAAGAAGUAGCCGAGAGUGUGAAAGCUUUUGGAAGAGUGCGCGUUCGAGACACAAGAUGUGGAGCCUCUCCAGAUACCCUACUUGUGCUGUGUGAAUGCAGAGAGUCUGUAGACCCCACAAGCUGCCCCACAGAACUAAAGCCCACCGAUGAUGAGACCUGGAGGAUAAUUACGGGCGUUGAAAAUACCCCAACAGGUACUGUUCCCUCAGGAUUUGCUGACAAGCUCUCCCAGUUUCUUCGGGAUGAAGGGAAGUCCAUGACAGAUCUACAAGCACUAUUUCCUCCACUGAGUGCAAGUCCCAGUUCCCCUGAGUCAAUUAUUCUUGCAGUGGGUGAGAUCCUAGAGAAAACCAUAAGACCACCAAGUGAUAGCAAUGCUUACCGUCGUUUACGUACCUUCUCUGGUAUUGUUCCGACUCCCACAGGAGAAGAAACCAUGGAACACUGGAUGGAGCAAGCUAAGAUGAUGAUAACUGAAUGUGAAUGCUCAGAGAAAGAGAAACGUAGAAGAAUUGUGGAAAGCUUAAAGGGACCAGCCCUAGAAAUCAUUAAAGCUGUCCGUAUGUCCAGUCCUGAUGCCAGCUCGCAGCAGUACCUUGAAGCUGUGGAAAGUACUUUUGGCUCCUUGGAGUCCGGAGAGGAUUUGUAUUUCGCUUUUCGGCUUCUUCGACAGCGUCCAGGUGAGACACUUUCUGAUUUUCUGAGAAGGGUUGAAAAAUCACUGACAAAAGUUGUGCAAAGAGGUGGACUGUCUCCUGGCAAUGUUGACAAGGCAAGAGUGGACCAACCGAUUCGUGGAGCCGUCAAAUCUGAUAUGAUGCUUUUGCAAUUGAGGUUAAGGGAGAGAAAAGAACACCCACCAACUUUCCUGAGCCUGUUGAAUGAGAUUAGGGAGGCUGAAGAAAUUGAAGUCACUAGACAUACACUUGCAGGACGAGGGGAAUAA